AUGAGGCACGUUUACCAAUUACUCGCCGUCGGAGCGAGCUUGUCUUCGAUCGUACAGGCCGUCGAUACUAUCGUCGAUGUUGGCUACGCGAAAUACCAAGGAGCUGUCGUUGAUUCCAAUCUGAGAGUGUCUGCCUGGAAAGGCAUCCAGUACGCUGCACCGCCCGUGGGAAAGCUACGUUUCGCAGCGCCGCAAGAUCCCGUAGUUUCCGGUCUCAUCAACGCUACUACACACGGUGCAACAUGCCCACCCAGCCGUCCUGAUGACUGGACUGUUUCUGGAACCUACUCACGCUUUCAUAUCGCUGAAGACUGUCUCUAUUUGAGCGUGUAUGCGCCUUCCAAGGCUACCACCAAAUCGAAAUUACCAGUUGUGGUUUUCUUCCAAGGAGGUGGCUUCAUCUCGCAGUCUAGCGCCAAUUGGGAUCCCACCGAGAUAGUUGCGGAUGGCCAAGUCGUAUUCGUUCAAUUCAGCUACCGUGUGGGCCUGUACGGUUUCCUCAACGGCAAAGCGGUGAAGGAAGGAGGUGGCGAUGUCAAUGCUGGCAUACGCGACCAGAUCAAGUUGCUUGAGUGGGUUAAGGAGCACAUCAGUCAAUUCGGUGGUGAUCCAGAUCAUGUUGUUCUUGAUGGUGUCAGUGCCGGUGGAACAUCUGUUGCGCUCAUGAUGGCGGCAAACACGGGCAAAAAGCUGUUUGUAGGUGGCAUUAUGGAGUCAGGCCCUUGGGUAACAAUGCGUACUCCAGAGCUGGGUGAGGAGCAGUAUGAAUGCCUGCUUAAGGACAAGGGUUGCGCCAAUGCGACCGACGGCCUUUCUUGCCUACGCGCGCUCAAUGAGUCGGCCAUCCGCUCUUCUAACUGCUGGUUCAACCCCAACAUCGACGGCGAGCUAUUCACUGACUCGCUCGUGAACCUCUUCAAGCAAGGCAAGUACGCCAAGGUACCGACCAUCAUGGGCACUUGCGCAGACGAAGGUACCAAAAACGCGCCACAGAGUCUCAACACCACAAGCGAUGCAGCGAAAUGGUUAGGAGGUCAGGACCCAAGUCUGAGCAACUCUUCUAUCUCAAUCCUUAGCGACCUUUACUUGAAGACGACGAAGCCCGCCUUUCCCGGCAAAGGACUCUUGUGGCCUGACGCUGCCAAUGCAAUUGGUGAUAUCGGUAGCCACUGCCCAACACGCAACAUUCAGAACGCCAUUGCACGCGACAACGUGCCCACGUACAACUACAAGUACAAUGUUCUAGAUCCAGCCGACCAGGCAUCCGGCUUGGGCGCCUGGCACACCGUCAACGUCUACGCUUUCUGGGGCUUGAAGCGCACUGAUGGCCAAGAGCCACCCAGCUACUCUACCACCAACAAGCCCAUCAUCUCUCAGGUACGCAGCUAUUGGACGAGCUUCAUUCGCAACCUGGACCCCAACACCGACCGCGCUACUCGUGCUGCUGAGUGGAAGCCGUACACCAGUGCAGAUUCACGUGAGAGACUGCUCAUUCAGACGAACAACACGAGGAUGGAGCGUAUGAGCCCUGCCCAAUCACUGCGGUGUGAUGUUGUUACGCCAAUGAGCAAUAACCUUGGAAAGCCAGUUGGAAAGGGUGUUGUUACCGAGCUUGAUGCGAAGUUGGCACAAAAGGUGGCCGGCGCAAGUGAGAGUACUACGAUAGGAAAGAGGAGGAUGUCAUCUAGGUCUUAA